AUGCCAGCGCCAACCCCAGUGACUGUUCCUACAUUUGAUCCCGUGUCAAUAUCUACUCCGCCUGCCCCGUCAACCAUCUCCGAGCCUGAUUUUGCACCUGCAACCACAUCGAGUAAUGUUCUCUCAUUGGGCAAUGCACCCGCAAGCACAAGCGCCAGCGGCGCUAGCCUAGGAAGCACCGACUUGCCUCUGACAUUUAUGCUCAACGGGUUGUUCAAAAACACAGGUUUGGGCAAACUCGACACAGUAGGGGAACAUUCAGGCGAGUCGCUGCCAUUUGGGUUGCAUUUCAGCCCGACACACGACUCAACGGUUAACGAUAUGUGGUCUAAGAGCCACGGGGGCAGCCACUGGGAGACAAGCAGCGGCACGAGCUGGAGUAAGGGCCUGCAUACUGCACACCAUAGCAAAUCCAGCCAAGACAACAACAAAAUGACCGACGACUAUGACAUGUACGACCUUUCUGGGCUUGAUAACUCUGCUGGAAAGUCAGCUACCAUGUCGCUGGUCGCCAUUGUUCUGUCGCUGAUCAGCCUGGUUGCUGCUUGA